CAGCCAGUUAAACGGUGAGCCAUACUGAAAACUAAAUAGCUUGUCAGAUGGCACACAAACAGGACUCUUUCCUCAUAUACAGAAGAAAAUCCUUGGCUCGUGGAAACAACCUUAUCCUGCACUUUGGCAAAGACAUGCAUGUCCAGGAUGAAGGCUUGUCUUCUUCCCACUCCUGAUCCCUUGAACUUCUUGCCAAAUGAGGCAACCUAAUCCAACCGAGAAGGCAACUGCAUGACAUCAAUAAUCUUUGGCAGGUCAGCCAAGUCCCUCCCUGUAUCACUCAAUUGUCUAGCAAGUGCAGUCAACAGUGGAAAGAGUCUCUGUUGCCAUAAAUUGAGCAUCCAAGAAAGUGUCCUUCUAGGAUUGUUCAGACACUGCUUCCCUUCAGCCAUCAACUGAAAUGAGAGCAACAACCGUAUUCUUUCUUUGGGCUGUAGUCUUCUGUACCCUAGGAGAUGAUGGAUCAUCUGAAAGUAUCAGUGACAGCAGCGCUGAAAGUGAUGAAGAGGACAAAGAAAUUAAACUAGACUGUGAACAAUUCAAGCAACAAACAUGUCCUAGAAAUGGUGGUGACCCCAUCUGUGGCACUAACAACAAGAAUUAUCCUAGUGAGUGUGCCCUGUGCCUUGAGAAUCAGAGGACAAAGAAAGAUGUGGGAAUUCUUAAGCUUGGAGAGUGUUAAAAGCAUGGAACCUAUGCCACUUCUGCUGCAGAAUUCAGGAGUGAGUUUUUGAGUGUUCCUGAUGAAGAUAUGUAGCAUUUGAAAUCUCUGAUUUGCUGAUUAAUCUCCUGAUCUUGAGCAAUAAAAACGAACAUUUAUUA